AUGACUAAAACGAACCAAGACGUCCGUAAUCGGUUAAAUGUGAGCCAAGACGUCCGUAAUCGGUUAAAUGUGAGCCAAGACGUCCGUAAUCGGUUAAAUGUGAGCCAAGACGUCCGUAAUCGGUUAAAUGUGAGCCAAGAUGUCCGUGAUCGGUUAAAUGUGAGCCAAGAUGUCCAUAAUCGGUUGAUUAUGAGCCAAGACGUCCGUGAUCGGUUGAUUAUGAGCCAAGACGUCCAUAAUCGAUUAAAUGUGAGCCAAGACGUCCGUAAUCGGUUAAAUAUGAGCCAAGACGUCCAUAAUCGGUUAAAUGUGAGCCAAGACGUCCGUAAUCGGUUAAAUAUGAGCCAAGACGUCCAUAAUCGGUUAAAUGUGAGCCAAGACGUCCGUAAUCGGUUAAAUAUGAGCCAAGUCGUCCGUAAUCGGUUGAAUAUGAGCCAAGACGUCCGUAAUCGGUUAAAUAUGAGCCAAGACGUCCAUAAUCGGUUAAAUGUGAGCCAAGACGUCCGUAAUCGGUUAAAUAUGAGCCAAGACGUCCGUGAUCGGUUAAAUAUGAACGAAGACAGACGGUGA